AUGAAGCGGCGCAGGCGAGAGUCCGAUGAGGAAGGAGAAGCUGCAGUGCCACGAGUGGCGCUCCACGAUGGCGCGUCGCACGAAUCACCUCGCACUACUAGAAGCGCUCAGCCGCGUCGAAAUCAGCUCGCCAGCGUCGGUGACGCGUCACCAUGCGAGCGCGAGGUGUGGCGAGGGCAAGCGCCGGCAGGCAACCAGGCCGCCCGUACCUCGCCGUGCGUCCAUUCCCCCGCGCGGUCGCCCAAGGCUCGGCGGCCCGAGCAGGCCCAGCGGCGGGCGGGGCAGCGGGGUCGUGACGACGACGGCGCUGCCGCCACAGCAGCGCGCGCGGUCAUAGCGGCGGGUGGCGCGGAACCCCUCGGCAGUGGCGACGACUGCCGCGGUUGCGACUCGGAUGCCGCGCGGCAGGCGGACGGGCAGGCGCCGCACCCUGAUGCGGCGCGUGGCGGCGCGUGCGCGUGUCGGUUCUGCAGCUGGCGGUUCGACUCGGACGACGAGUCGGACUGCGCGCGCCCCUGCACCGCGCGGGACUCGCCGCGCUUCCGCCCGCAACCCGUGCAGGGCGGGUGGCAGGGGGCUGCGGAAACAGGCGUGCGGGGAGCGGCGCUGGGGGGAGCAGAGUUGGGGGGAACGGCGGUGGGGGGGAAGAAGGGUGAGAGUGGCGGAGGGAGGGCGGAGGGCGAGGGAACACAUGGCCGAUGCGGAGAAGAGGAGCCGUCUCGCGACAUGGGCGGAAGCGGAAUUUACCCCGCGGGGCGAUUCGUGGGGAGCGACGGCGAGUGUGUGGUGCUGGCAGGUUGGGACGGGUGCUGCGUGUUGCUGGACUCGAGCACUCUGCAGCAGCGGGCAUCGUUCCGACCACCCCCAGGCCUGCAGCUGGGGUGGCCAGCAGCGUGUCACGUGGUGGCGGUGCCGUCACACGAUGGGCUCACAGCGCGCCUGCUGCUCGCCACCUCGCGCUCGCACGCCGCCUUCUGCUGCUGGGACCUCCUCUCCUCCCGCCUCGUCUCCUGCUUCCCCUCUCCUGUUCCCUCCGCCUCGCCCUCACCUUCACCUGUGUCCUCCCCCGCGUCUUCGCCCCCGAGCGGUCGCACUCCCUGUGACACAUACGGUGCUGCAGCGGAUGAUAGCGCAGCUGCCACUCCCGCCACUGCCAUCCACAUGCGUGGUGAACCCUCGGCAUCACUUCUUCCAGCACCAUCAGCAGCAGCAGGUGCAGCCACUGACUGCCACCCACUCGCGGCCGCCUCGCCUCCCUCGGCCUCGCCCUGCUCGGCCUCCCGCCCCUCGCCGGUGUGCCACACACCACUCGCCUGCUGCCCCCCCUCCCCCCAUCAGCCUCCGAUGCACUACUCACCCUGCCCCAGCCACUCCCCACCCCAUGCCACUUCACCACCUCCCCAUACACCCCUCCCCCCUGUUCCCCCCGUCCUUCCUGCCUCCCCUGCCCCCGCUGCUUCCACAGCGGCUGCUGCGCAUCAGCCAGCAGGUACACAAGGCACGGCCACAGCAGCAGCAGGGGGGGCUAUGCGCGCACCUCAGGCAGGGCUCUCGCCCACGCGCUCACCUCCCUUGCCUGCUCCCCCUCGUCAUGCCUGCACGCCAGCACCCGUACCUCCGCGUGGCAACACGUUAUUGGCCCAUCCAGCUGCAGCAGGGCACGGAUGUAGCAGGGUGGCGUCAGGGCAUGGGGCACUGCCGCUGGCAGGCCGCACGGCCCUCGCAGGCAGUGCGGUGGAGCGGGGCAGCACGGGGUGUGCAGCGCGCCAGAUGAAGCGGCGCAGGCGAGAGUCCGAUGAGGAAGGAGAAGCUGCAGUGCCACGAGUGGCGCUCCACGAUGGCGCGUCGCACGAAUCACCUCGCACUACUAGAAGCGCUCAGCCGCGUCGAAAUCAGCUCGCCAGCGUCGGUGACGCGUCACCAUGCGAGCGCGAGGUGUGGCGAGGGCAAGCGCCGGCAGGCAACCAGGCCGCCCGUACCUCGCCGUGCGUCCAUUCCCCCGCGCGGUCGCCCAAGGCUCGGCGGCCCGAGCAGGCCCAGCGGCGGGCGGGGCAGCGGGGUCGUGACGACGACGGCGCUGCCGCCACAGCAGCGCGCGCGGUCAUAGCGGCGGGUGGCGCGGAACCCCUCGGCAGUGGCGACGACUGCCGCGGUUGCGACUCGGAUGCCGCGCGGCAGGCGGACGGGCAGGCGCCGCACCCUGAUGCGGCGCGUGGCGGCGCGUGCGCGUGUCGGUUCUGCAGCUGGCGGUUCGACUCGGACGACGAGUCGGACUGCGCGCGCCCCUGCACCGCGCGGGACUCGCCGCGCUUCCGCCCGCAACCCGUGCAGGGCGGGUGGCAGGGGGCUGCGGAAACAGGCGUGCGGGGAGCGGCGCUGGGGGGAGCAGAGUUGGGGGGAACGGCGGUGGGGGGGAAGAAGGGUGAGAGUGGCGGAGGGAGGGCGGAGGGCGAGGGAACACAUGGCCGAUGCGGAGAAGAGGAGCCGUCUCGCGACAUGGGCGGAAGCGGAAUUUACCCCGCGGGGCGAUUCGUGGGGAGCGACGGCGAGUGUGUGGUGCUGGCAGGUUGGGACGGGUGCUGCGUGUUGCUGGACUCGAGCACUCUGCAGCAGCGGGCAUCGUUCCGACCACCCCCAGGCCUGCAGCUGGGGUGGCCAGCAGCGUGUCACGUGGUGGCGGUGCCGUCACACGAUGGGCUCACAGCGCGCCUGCUGCUCGCCACCUCGCGCUCGCACGCCGCCUUCUGCUGCUGGGACCUCCUCUCCUCCCGCCUCGUCUCCUGCUUCCCCUCUCCUGUUCCCUCCGCCUCGCCCUCACCUUCACCUGUGUCCUCCCCCGCGUCUUCGCCCCCGAGCGGUCGCACUCCCUGUGACACAUACGGUGCUGCAGCGGAUGAUAGCGCAGCUGCCACUCCCGCCACUGCCAUCCACAUGCGUGGUGAACCCUCGGCAUCACUUCUUCCAGCACCAUCAGCAGCAGCAGGUGCAGCCACUGACUGCCACCCACUCGCGGCCGCCUCGCCUCCCUCGGCCUCGCCCUGCUCGGCCUCCCGCCCCUCGCCGGUGUGCCACACACCACUCGCCUGCUGCCCCCCCUCCCCCCAUCAGCCUCCGAUGCACUACUCACCCUGCCCCAGCCACUCCCCACCCCAUGCCACUUCACCACCUCCCCAUACACCCCUCCCCCCUGUUCCCCCCGUCCUUCCUGCCUCCCCUGCCCCCGCUGCUUCCACAGCGGCUGCUGCGCAUCAGCCAGCAGGUACACAAGGCACGGCCACAGCAGCAGCAGGGGGGGCUAUGCGCGCACCUCAGGCAGGGCUCUCGCCCACGCGCUCACCUCCCUUGCCUGCUCCCCCUCGUCAUGCCUGCACGCCAGCACCCGUACCUCCGCGUGGCAACACGUUAUUGGCCCAUCCAGCUGCAGCAGGGCACGGAUGUAGCAGGGUGGCGUCAGGGCAUGGGGCACUGCCGCUGGCAGGCCGCACGGCCCUCGCAGGCAGUGCGGUGGAGCGGGGCAGCACGGGGUGUGCAGGUGCAGGCGAGCAUGCGCAGAGGUGCACAGCAGAGGAGAGCAGUGCUGAGUUGCAGCACUCACGCGCGGCACACUACUGCUGCCCACCCCAACCUGCACACAUGCACGACCUCCUCACACAACAGCAAUCCGCUGCUGCACCGGCUGGCAAAGUGCCGCUCACUCCACCCGCCUCUGAAACCCCCUCCCUCACUCCGCCAACCCCCCAACCCGCCUCCCUCCCCGCCCCAUCCCCACACCCAUCCCCGCUCCCCUCCCCGCCGAACCCACCCGCCCACCCUCCGCCGCCCGCGCCGCCAUCCUGGAAGCACCUCGCGCCGCCCGAGUGGCACGCCGCCCCGUGCGGUGCAUCUCUGGCGAUGGUGCAGGCGGGCGGCAGCGACGUGCGCAUCUGGGACGUGCGGGACGGCGGCGUGGCGGUGAGCAUGCAGACGGAGGGCGCGGUGGAGCGCAUGGCGUGCUGCUCUCCUAUUCUAUGGCUGGACGAGGAGCGGCUGGUGGUGGUGGAGGAGGGCGGCAGUGUGGGGCUGUGGCACGUGGCGGGCGGCGAGGCGGUGCUGUUCCACCACGUGCAGCUCAUGGACCAGUGGGGCGAGGCUGAGCGCGUCUGUGCCGUUGCUGUCAUGCCGGGGCGGCGCUGCAACAAGCGCCUCUUCCCCUCGCUGUCAGUGCUGCUGCUUGCGCUGUCACUGCUGCAUCCAUCGCUGCUCCGCAUCCCGAGGGGAGAGGGAGUGACAUGUGCGGUGGCAUCAGAGAGCGCCAUCUACCUGGCGGACUGGAGCACCCCGGCGGUCAUCCUCCACCGCAUCCCCUCCUCCCAUGCCCGCCCACCAGGUCUAUCCCUCUCCUUCCCUUGCCGUGCCUCCCAUGCUGCACAUGCAUGGAUGCUGCACGUCACCUUGAGCCAUCUGCUCGCCCCUUGCCCAUCAGAGACCUGCCAUUCUCCACCCCCGCCCUCCACUCAUCCCUGUCCCCACUCGUCGCCAUCUGCUCACCUUUCCGUCUCCCCCCCGUUCCCUCCGCCAGAUGCCAUGUGUUUCGCGGGCACGUCUCUCUUUGUGGCGCUGCCCUCGCUGCCACAUGAAGACUUUGCCGUCGUGCAGCGCAUAGAGUGCAGCACGGGGCGGGAGGGCGAGCGGUACCACCUGGACGCGCACGUGCCGCGCGCCAGCAGAGGCCCGCUGCUCGCCGUGCGUGUGCACGCCGGGCGGCUGUUUGCGCUGCAUGCGGGCGGCGUGCACGUGUUCCGCCUGCCCCGGGCGGCACAGCGGGGCGGAGGAGCGGGGGCAGGAAGGUGCACGGGGCGGGAUUAUCUGCAGCAAAGGGCAGGGCAGGGGAGGAGAGGUAGAGAGAGGUGUGGGAAUGCAAUGGCGGGAGUGGCAGCAGCGGACACGCAAGCCCCUGUGUGGAGUGCGGGUGAGUGCGGUGCGGCGGUGAGGAGGAGAGAGAGCGGAGGGGCAGAGCAUGCAGCAGCAGUGGUGCUCCAUCCCCAGGCAUGGCGCAGCGGUGCGGGUGAGGGGUCUGAUGAGGGCAGUGAGGGGGAGCAGGGGGAAGAGAUGGGUCACGGAAGAGAGGAGGGGUAUGAAACGGAGGAGGACGUGGAUGGGCGGGGGGUUGAGGGGCGUCAGGACGGCAUUGCGACGGCCUUGGAGUGCAGCGGUGGCGACGGUGGUGGAGUGGGCAGUGGGAGGUGCGGAGGGGAGACAGCGGAGGAGCGGAGGCUGGUGGGGGUGGUGGGCAGGCGGGUGAAUGGGCUGCUGCACCCAGCCAUGGAUGUGGUUGGGGAUAGGCUGCUGCUCGUCUCUGCUAACCAUCCGCCAUGCCUCUAUUCCUGUCCCUGA